AUGAUUGGGACUCUUCUUGGAACUCCCAGAGGGAAUAAAGUUACCAACAAGAGCUUGGAAUUCACUCCCAUAGGUAAGGCAUCCACCAGGAAUCCCACCAAACCCAGUGACCGAAGUCCGCUCAAACCUACGACCAAAUUCAACCUCACCACCAAAGUUAAUAAGGUAGAUACCUUUGAUACGUCGUUUGAUGCUACUGAUUUCAGUCAUACCAUCAACUCCCCUUAUUACACACAGACAGUUCCCGUAGCAACCACAGCUUCGGCCAACCCCCCAUCCAAUUCCAUGGGUAACCCCCCAUCUAAUGCCAUGGGUAACCUUUUAACUGGGACUGUGGCAGUAAAACAGUACCAGGAAGACUACCACAAAUUGGAAACGGAAAAUUACAAUCUAAAGAUUCAAUUAAAGACGUUACAGCGAUACUUCGACAAGACUCCCGAGGAAUUGAUGACUUUAGUGGAUGAAAAUAUCGACCUUAAGCAGAAAUUAUACCAAUUUGGUACCGAAAACAAGGACUUACGUCGUCAGCUUGAACAGUUAGCUAAUGAUGAAUCCAAGAAAGCUGCAACUGACGAUUUAACCCAUCAUUAUGAAGAAUUGUUACACAAAAAGCACAUUGAUCAUCAACAAGAGGUUGAUUUCUUACAACAAAAACUCCAGGAAGUUCAAAAUAACCAUCACCAUCAAAGUAAUGAAUUAAAAGCCGAUUUCCAUGAUAUUCAAGCGGAAAAUGAUCAUUUUAUUGAGGAAAUCCGUGGAUUAAAAGAUGAAAUCCAUGAUUUAUCCCACUCUAAGAGCAAAUUAACUAGUGAGUUUAAUGCUUUGACUCAAGAUAUCGAAGCUAAGGACGUAGAAGUAGAAGAAUUAAGGCGAGAAGUGGAAAUUUGGAAGAAUAGGUGUCAUCAGGCCACAAUUACCGAUACCGUGGCAGCCGAUUCCACUGCUAAGGAGUUAUUACACGUACAAAAUCAACUCGAUGAGUCUCAGUAUCAAUAUCAAUCACUUAAGACUAAGUAUGAUACCUUAAAGACCCAUCACGAUACUACCAAAGCCCAACUUGAAGAUGUCACAGCACAACUCCAUGAUAUUCAAUCGCAACUCCAUCAAGUCCAAUACCAAUACGAUACGACCAAGAAUCAUCUCGAUAACCUUCGUCAAGAGAAUCAACACAUUUCGUCUCAGCAAUUCACCGGGGAGUUCAAUAGCGAUAAAUUGACCCAGGAAAUUCAAUAUUUGACUGAGGAAUUGAAAGCUAGAGAGAAACUGGAAGCUAACUUAAGAGCCCAAAUCAACGCUUUGAUCAAAGAUAAAUCUACCACCAAUUUCAAUGCCUACCAAGCACAAAUCGAUAGUUUAACCCAAUCAGAAGCUAAACUUACCGACAUCAAUAAGAAACUUCGUAGUGAAAUAGCUACCUUAAAAGAUGAACUUUUCUUAAGUAACACAAAAUCUAAUGAUUCCAAAAUUUUAAGUUUACAAAACCAAAAUUCAAAAUUGAAUGAUAAACUCCAAUACUACGAGAAUGAAUUUGAAACCGUUGAAAAUGCACUUAAAGUGGCAGAAAAUGAUAUUAAACUCCUUCAAGAUAAACUUUCUACCCUUAAUGGAUCAUACCAUGAACUUGAACAAGAUAACAUUGCUCUUGUGAAUCAAAUCAAAUCAAGAGGUUCAGAAGCUUUACUGGAAUUGGAUCACGUGACACAAAAGAAGUUACAAUUUGAAAAUCAUCAACUUGAACAAGAAAUUCAAAGUUUACAAAACCAAAUCAUUGGAUUAAAGAAGAAUGCUGAAGAUGCUGAAGAAUUCCAGUACGAGAUUAAACGACUUAAACGAGAAGUAGAGAAUAAUCGGAACGAUGAUUAUAUUGAACAAUUAACUGCCGAAAUUAAUCGAUUAAAACGUCUGGGACCUACCACCGCCACCACCCCAAGUUUCCUUGAACACGAAUAUCAACGUAUGGUGAUGGAAAGGAAUCAACUUCAAAUGGAAGUAGAUACUACUGCCAAUAGACUUCGAGAUAUGGAGAAUAAGUACAAAAAGCUUCAAUUGUCGUAUGAAGAUAAGGAGAAUUUGUUAGACGAAAUGGAACUAAAACUCCGAGACUUGAAAAGAGCCACCAAGUUCACUCAACUUGAAGACGAUGACGAAAAGAAUCAGUUUUUGAGGGCCAGGGCCAACUAUGAGACCAAAAUCAAGGUAUUGGAGUUGGAAAAUGAGUCCAUAAGGAAAGAAUAUGACUCUCAAGUUCAAUAUUAUAAGACCAAGUUGGCUAUGGAUAAGGAGAGAGGUCCUAUGACUCCACCAGAAUCUCCUGUAGUGUCGGUAUUGGAGAGACAAGUGGAAGAAGCUUUUAAAGAGAAGGCUGAAGUGGGUAAGGAGUUGGCUCAAGUUAGAUGGGAGAUUCUUGAGUUACAAGGGAAAUUAGUUAAAGCAGAAACUGAGCUUAGUACUGCCAAAUCAGAACUUACCACCGUCAGGUCAGAACUCGGUACCACCAAAUCAGAACUUACCACCGCCAGAUCAGAACUUGGUACCGCCAGAUCAGAACUCACCACCACUAAAACCCAGAACGACCGUCUCCUUGAUAUCAACAACGCUUUUGAACUCAACGAGAAACAAUUGAAACAGAAACUCGCCAACACUACCGAGGAGCUCGACAAAGUCACCCGUCAUUGUCAUAAACUCGUGAGUAAAUUGAACGACAGACUUAAGGUUGAUGAUUUGAAUAAUCGUUUUGCCAGUACCAACUUAUCACCAACUCCUCGUAGAAACAACAGGGAUGACCAGUUAAGGUACUACAAGGCCAAGAUCUAUGACCUUAACCUCAAGUGUAAUGACUUACAAGUGAUGUAUAACUAUGUGAGCCAGUGUUUGGAAGGAACGAAGAAGGUUAGAGAGAUGAUGGGGGUAGAGAAACAGACAAAGCUUACGUUUGCAGUGGUGGCCAAGAUGGUUUUGGCAGCAGUGAAGAUGAAGAAACGUCAGGAGAGAAGUGAUCGAAGAAGAGUUGUUUUGAAGCUGUUAAGGAGUUAA